GUGUUCAGUACUCCUGCGGUACAGAAUGAGGACCAGGAAACAUCAGAGCCCAGUGGAAUCCGGCUGGGUGGAGAAACUCAAGGGCGAGGACGGUGGUAGCCCCGUUUGCGAGACCCAGUUAACCCCGGCCACCAUGGGCUUAGAUACUGCAAACGGUGUCGCCCAGUCUGAGUUCACCGAAAACCACCCGAGUGUUGAACAGAAGAAAUUAAACGGGAAAAGGCAGAAGAGGAGACGAAGGUCGCCCAAAAACAAAUCUCCGCUGCCGAACGUGGACAGUGCGCUGGUGGGCCUAAUGACGGAGCCGGUGUGGCUGGAUAAGUGGGUCUAUGAUGAAGCCGAAUGUGCCCACCAUGUUAGAAUUGCACAACAGGCCACGGUCCCAGUGACGUGGCCCCUGAUGAAAAGAACGAGUAAGAAACAGAAAAAUGUGGAAGAAACAUCUGGAAAAGCCGCUAUGGAGAACUGUUGCCGCCAGAGCAUAACGGCUUGUCACCAUGUAAGUAAUGGCGUCUGGAUCAACAAGUGUAACUUUGAUGAUGCCGAGAGACGCUUUGUUAUGCAGUUUACCUCUCCGCUGGCCCCGCGGGCACUUCAUCUUAACCUGGCUUCGCUUGAGCCCGGAAUCCCUAGAUCCAUGCAGAGGACGCCCGAUGAAGGGUACGCAAGUGCUACACCUACCCCAGCCGCACAGGAUCUGCUUCUACUUCCCACAGCGGCAUCGGACCCCACUGUGAAUGGGAAGCCCCACUGGGCGGGGCUGCACGAUCUGGUCUCGGAGGUCUGGCUGCAGAAGUCCUCCUACGACCAGGCAGAGAGACACUUCUAUGAGCACGUUGCUAACGGACAGUCGGCGCUGCAGGCCGAACCCAACCUCGGCUGGGGCCUGAACUCCAGGAAAAAGAACAAGCGCGACAAAUGGAACCGCAAAUACGCAGCGAGGCAGCUUCCGUCCAGGAAGAAGCUGUCCAGCAUUCCGGAGGAGGCUGCCAACGCGCUGUAUUACCCUGCGUACUUUCUCCACGCCGACAGCGAGACGGUGUGGCUGGAUAAGACUGCUUAUGAUAAAGCCGAAGCCUGUUUCUAUGCGGCUCGAGGAUAUCGCUUACCGUGUGCCGCUACAUCCAACAAGUCGUCCGUAGCCAAACUCCACAGGCCGACCAAGUCCAGGCAGUGUGACAAAAAGAUGGCGGCUUCCUUCCUGAGCACAGAGAAGAUCUGGUUUGACAAGUACAAAUACGAUGACGCUGAGAGGCAGUUUUACGAACAGCUUAGUGGGACAUCUCCGCAGAACGCACACGACCUGCCACAGGAGGACGGAGCAAGCACAAUCCUCAGGGACAUUGCCAGAGCCAGGGAGAAUAUCCAGAAAUCGCUGGCCGGACUCAGGACAGUCCUCCAUAGUCCAAAGGAAGCCCCGGCCAGCCCUCCCCAGGCCCAUUCAGGGCCCUGUACUAGCACGGCUGCUGCUCCCACCAACAGUGAGGACCACGGAGAGAUCCUGUCGCGUGUCUCCAGUCUAGAGCGUGAGAACCAGAGCCUGCACAAAGUGGUGAAGGAUCUCCAGCUGGCGAUCUCCAAGCUGGAAAGCAGAAUAGUUACACUUGAGAAAUCUUCUACCUCAGAAGCAUCUGUCCCCGGGAAGCCUUUUGUGUGCAAGCGUCCAGCCCCCGUGCCUGCAUCUCCCUGCCAAUCGAAGAAGACGGAAGAGGAGGAGGAGGAGGAUGACGACGACAUUGAUUUAUUUGGGAGUGAUGAAGAGGAAGAUGAGAGAGCUGCCAAAAUCAAAGAAGAGCGGAUACGUCAGUAUUCAGAGAAGAAAUCUAAGAAACCCGUGCUGAUCGCCAAGUCCUCCAUCCUGCUGGAUGUGAAACCGUGGGACGAUGAGACGGACAUGGCGAAGCUGGAGGAGUGCGUGCGCACUGUACAGAUGGACGGGCUGCUGUGGGGCUCCGCCAAGCUGGUACCGGUGGGGUACGGCAUCAAGAAGCUGCAGAUCCAGUGUGUGGUGGAGGACGACAAGGUGGGCACAGACACACUGGAGGAAGAGAUCACAAAGUUCGAGGACUAUGUCCAGAGUGUGGACAUCGCAGCCUUCAACAAGGUCUAACACUGACCCAGGACUGUUAAUAAAGCAAAGCGAAACCUUUA